UUUUUUUUUUUUUUUUUUUUAUUUUUCCCUAUCACAGCAGAUUAUCUAUACCUUUUACAUCCCUAUUUGACAACAUCAUUUUAAAAACCUUAAAAAAUAACAACAACAACAACAACAGAUAGAGACACAGACAGUUUCUCAAUGAUGAUCAGUGAUCCAGCACCAUUUACAAACGCAUUCAAUUUUAACGACAUGCAACGAGUCAUUCACCCACUUUCAGCUUCCCCUGGUUCUUCCGCUCUUUUUCGUACAACAUCCCCUGUAUUGAACAUAACAAUGACAAAUCAACAACAGCCACCGUCUUGUUCAGUCUCCACUACGACUCAUGCUGCUUCUACUUCAUUUAUGGAUGAUGUGACAACUAUUUUCGUGGUAGGAUUCCCUGAAGAUAUGGCCGAGCGGGAAUUUCAAAAUAUGUUUACUUUUUGUCAUGGAUUUGAAGCUGCUUCAUUAAAAUGGCAUUGUAAAGAUCAGACAGAAGAAGAUAAUGCUUCUACCACUACCGCUAUGACCGUGACAACCACCCUACCUCAUGGUACUUGUUCUUCUUCUUCUACUACUGCUGCUGCUGCUGGUGGUGCUGCUGCUUCGGCUAAUAAUAAAAAACAAAUGAUUGGUUUCGCUCGAUUCAAAACAAGAUUAGAAGCACUGGAAGCCAUUGAAGUGUUGAGUGGUAAGAAAAUAGAUCAAGAAAAAGGCACUGUCUUGAAGGCUGAAAUGGCCAAAAAAAACUUGCACAUCAAACGAGGUUCUCAACAACAGCAGCAGCAACAACAACAACAAGGCUCUUCUACAUCUACUGUUUCUUCUCUGACAACGACACCCACCUCUACUAUUUCUACUGCCUCUAGUCUUGCUACGGAGACUGCUGUUGGCGCUGGCCCUGGUCAUAGUCAUGGUUUAGUUGCUGCUGCUGCUGCUGCUACUGCUGCUACUACCGCCACGAAUCAUACCGUGGCUGGUACUACUACUACUACCAGCACAACGACAAGUGAUCUCAAGUCUUUGGAGACCCUUGGAACUGCAAAACAUCAAACUUGCGCAAGAUAUGAAAAUUUUUCACCUUUGCCAAGCGAUUUACUCUCUCCUCAAGAUUUUAAAUCGGAUCUUUUUAUUGAUUCUAUCAUUCAUACGGCUACAGGUGCUAUCAAUGAUACACCGCCCUCUUCUACUUUAUUUGGUAAUUUCCGUUCUUCUUUAUCGUUUGAUGACCAUUUCUCUCAAGACCUAGGCUUUUUACCAACGGCUUCUCGUUCGACAAACUAUACAACAGCAAGUCAACAUCAACCCUCACAUCCUUACUAUGCAGCAUUCCAUUCCAAUAACUCUGCCACUAUGGACAGUCCAACGCAUCACAAUUACUCCUCCAUUCAAAACCCUCCAUUUCAAUCCAAAUUUUCAAAGCUCAUGAUGACAGGCAGUGCUACCCAUAACCACCUUGACUAUUUGUCCAAAUCUUCACCACAAAGUCACGAUGGCAUGAACCAGGGUUUAACUAGCAGUACCUCUAUGCUUGAACAUGAAUUCUUGCGUCUAGGUCAGCCAUCGCCUCAUCUUCAUUCAAUGUAUAGUAACAUGCAUCAUCUCCAGCCUCCUCCUCCUCCUUAUCAGCAACAACAACAACAACAACAACAACAACAACAACAGCAACAACAUUCCCAACCUCAUCCUCAUUCACAUGCUCAUAGUAACAGCAGUCCUCAUCUUCCACCUCAUUCUAUCCAUUUUGAUUUGAUCCGCUCUCCUAGUUUCUCUUCACCUAUUCAACGUCUUGGCACGAGCAUCACCCAUGGUACACCGACGACUACUUCUCCUCCUCCUCCUCCUACUACCACCACCAGUACGAGUACGACUGCUCCUAUGUCGGCAAUGUCACAUACAACGAGUAACAACAACAACAGCAACAACAACAACAACAAUACAAAUCCUGCAGACCAAAAUCCUCCUUGCAAUACACUCUAUGUGGGUAAUUUACCUCCCAACACGUCUGAAGAAGAAUUGAGACACAUCUUUUCUGUUAAAAGAGGGUAUCGUCGUAUGUGUUUCCGUACCAAACCGCAAGGACCCAUGUGUUUUGUUGAAUUUGAUGAUAUUCAUUUUGCUACUCAAGCUUUGAAUGAUUUACAAGGCUAUCAGUUAUCAAAUUCUGCCAAAGGUGGUAUUCGAUUAUCUUAUUCUAAAAAUCCAUUAUUCAUCAAACCACCACCUCAAACACAACCACCAUCUAAUAUCAACCAUCAUCAUCAUCAUCAACAUCAUCCACAGCAUCAUCAUCAUAACAAUAACAGUCAUCACUCUCAUAAGCAACAACAUAAUAUAUUAAUGUCUACUGCGGCUACAGCUACAGCAACUGCUCAUGCUGUCUUUGAUGCUUAAAGUAUACUUAAUUUUUGCACAACCUUGGAAAAUCUUAGAACAUAUUAAUUAUACAUAUAAUAUAAUCCCACUGAAUUUUGCACACACACACACACACACACACACAUAUAAAUAUAAUCGAUAUUACUGAUUUUUUGAAAAAGUAAUCUAAUCCUUCCCUUUGUUCUUUUUCCUCCCCAUCAGAAACCCUCUACUCUCUCUACGUUUGUUUUCGACUUUUAACAAUUUCAAAAAAAAAAAAAAACUUUUACUUUUUUCAAAAAAUAAAAAAAAAAAACCAUUUAGAUGCAACUCACGUUCCUAAGGGUUACUCAAAAAAGUCGCUUGAGGAAAAUCUACAUUGUUAUAAAGUUAACCUUUGGGCGAGGGGGUUUCUUUUUCCCUGCCCCUGCACGGCGCAUCCUUUUUUUGGUUUUUAGUUUUUUUUUUG